UAGUUACAAUAAUAUAUCCAUAAACUGAAAACUAACACUUAUAAAAAUUAUAGUUUUCCAAAUCUUAUUUUUAAUCAAAACUUAACCCCAAAUCUUAAACUUAAACCCCAAAUCCUAUACUUCAAACCCUAAACUUAACUACUAAAUUCCUUUAACGACUAUUUAACUACUAAAUUCCGACUAAGAAAAAUAACUAGGCUAAUGGAUCCAGCGAAACCAAGCCCAACUAAAACGAAGUCGGCCCAGGCCCAACUAAACUCACCUCCACCCCGAGAAUUCCUAAGUCAUCUUCCUCAUUCUUCUUCUCGAUUCUUACUCUUUCUCUCAAACAAAUUAAACCCUAAUUCCUCGAUUCUUCCUCUUCCGCUUCCUCAAAUCGAACCCUAAUCUCCAUUUCUUCCCCAAAACUUCCUCAAAUCAAACCCUAAUUCCUCGAUUCGCGAAGCAAUUCGUUUGACCCUUCGUCUCUUCACUCUGUUUCCUGCAAAUCCGGAACAAGAUGACUGGUAAGCGAGGCCGGAAGAGAAGAAAUGCUCCCAACGCGUCUCAGAGAGCCGUUGGUUCCACCGCUGCAAACCGUAGACCUAAAAAUCUGCGCCUCGUCAGCGACGGCGUCCACAACAAACGCCUCAACACCGACAGCCUCUUUCUCCGCAGCAGGAUCCUCCUCUGUCUCCACAGCAGGAUCCUCCUCCGUCUCCACAUCAGAACUCUGAGGCUCAGAGUCACGCGUUUGGCUGUUCCUCUCAAGGUAACAACUUCCAAAACGAAUUGCCGGAUCUCCAGGAGGAUACGCUUGAGGCUCUGACUGCUCUGCUUAUGGUGCCGGACCGUCAUCUGUUUACAACCGUUCUCUCUCCAACACCGUUGCCAGACCCGACGUGGUUUGAUUGGGACGAGAAAUCAAGACUGGACUUGUUCAAGAGGCACAUGGUCGUGUUUGCAGUUGGAACUUCUUUAGCAUCUGUUGCUACUGCUUGGAUUGAUAUUCAAGUUCUUGAUUGUGAUGUCCGGAGAUUAAGUUGCCUAAAUGAUGCUUGCUUAAGAACUGUUUUGGCGUAUCUCGUCAAGUUCUUUGCUGUUUUAAUUUCAGCUCAUAUUGAUAUAGCCUUUGAUGCUUUGGUCUUAUGUGUGUUUGUAUUGUAG